CAUUGGCUGCCGUUAACAUUAUUUCCCCGUACGUGAAGGAGCUUUAUCUCGUUCGCUCUGCGAAAGAAGCGACCACAAUGAAUCGGGUGUUAAUGGAAUAUGUAAAAGUAUCGGGGUGUCUUAAGGAAUUUUGUACAGACACGGCCUCAAACACCAGUCUCAGCUAGAAGCUCCAAAACGCAAAACCACACCACACUAAACUUUUGGCGCUAAUAUCGAAACCUCAGAACACGAAUGGGAGAAGAAGAGCAACGAGAAGAACAAACUGAAGUUACAGAAACCACGCAAGAGAGCCAGCAAGAGUAUACGUGGCCUGCGAUUAAUUUCGAUGUUCCUGCAUAUAGAACCUACCAUUUCUAUAACCAGUUCAGGACCUCAUUAAUCGCUAACAACUUCCUCAAAGGCAUCAAAUGGUCACCCGACGGUUCAUGUUUUCUCACAAAUUCUGAGGAUAAUACGCUUCGCGUUUUUUCGUUGCCAGAUAAUGAAGGCGGAUAUGAUAUCAAUGCUUGUUCUUCGGCUAAUGAACAAGAUUCGUAUGAUGCAAACCUUGUUGUGCGUGAAGGAGAGCCUGCAUAUGACUUUUGCUGGUACCCGUACAUGUCUGCUUCAGACCCAGUUCGUUGCGUGUUUGCUAGUACCACUCGUGACCAUCCGAUUCAUCUUUGGGAUGCUACUUCUGGUGUGUUGCGCUGCACAUAUCGGGCGUAUGAUGCCGUGGAUGAAAUCACUGCUGCCAUUUCAAUUGCAUUCAAUCCGGCUGGGACUAAGAUAUUUGCUGGAUACAACAAAUCUAUAAGAGUAUUUGAUAUACAUCGCCCUGGUAGGGAUUUUGUGCAGUACUCAACUCUUCAAGGAAAUAAAGAGGGUCAAGCAGGUAUAAUAUCUGGAAUUGCUUUCAGUCCAAGUCAUACUGGACUGCUAGCUACAGGUUCAUACAGCCAGACUUCAGCAAUCUACAGAGAAGACAAUAUGGAACUUUUAUACAUUUUACAUGGUCAGGAAGGUGGGAUUACACAUCUUCAGUUCUCGAAGGAUGGAAACUAUCUCUAUACUGGAGCUCGAAAGGAUCCUUACAUACUAUGCUGGGAUGUGCGAAAAGCUGUUGAAGUUGUGUACAAGUUCUACAGAUCAUCUGAAUAUACAAACCAGCGGAUAUUGUUUGAUAUUGAUCCUUCUGGCCGACAUCUAGGGACUGGUGGUCAGGAUGGUUUGGUUCAUAUAUAUGAUUUACAAACUGGGCAGUGGGCAUCGGGGUUUCAGGCUGCAGCAGACACUGUUAAUGGUUUCUCUUUUCAUCCGUUUUUGCCCAUGGCUGCCUCAUCAUCGGGACAUCGAAGAUUUGAACUUCCUGAUGAAGGCAAUGAGGACUUCCAUUUGAGUGGUGAUAAUAAUUGUGCUUCUGUAUGGAGUUUCUCAUAUACCUCAACAAUUGAAAAUGCUGAUGGAGUCGUCAGUGGUGACUUUAGUAACCAAACUGAACAUGAAAACCUCCACCAGGAUCCUUGAAUCAAGCAUGGCAUGCAGCUAAGUAGAAACUUUCUGUCUGAUAUUUAUUAUUGUCUUAGCUUUGAGACUGCAUGGCUUGCUUGCUGUUUUACGUCGCUACAGUUUUGCAACAUCGGCGGUCCAUCGAGCAGAGCUUUUAGCACUCUGUGCCUACAUGUAAAUCAGAUUAUUAGGCAAGCUUAGAUCUUGUCUAGGAAAUUGUCCAUUGAAAUUUAAAUUAGUAAUUUUCGUUAUAAUCAGAUUAACCUUAACAUGCC